GUCUCCUGCCUCGCCAUGACAAGAGGGACGCGGCAACAGCUGAUUUGCCAGAAGACGCGAGGCCGUGAGAGAGAAAGCAGCUUCAAAGUCAAUUUCUCCUUCAUCAUUGUGACAAUGGGGCUUAAAUCGUGCGUUUUUCUUCUGGUGGUGGUCUUGGGUUUGUCUCAAGGUGGGACGAAUAUUGAGGAAGACCAGUAUGGUGUUAGAUAUGCUACGGAUUGUGAAGUGUGUAAGCUGGUGAUGAAGGAGCUUGGGGAAAAGUUGCAAUCAAAGGACUCAUCAGGUGUCAUUGAGACGGGAUAUAACAUAGAUGCGUCCAAGAAGAAGACCAAAUACAAUAAAUCAGAGUUGCGACUAGUAGAAACCCUGGAAGAAGUCUGUUCGGGGAUGUUAGAUUACCGCAUCCACAAGGAGCGGGAGGACUCCACCCGUUGGGCCAAGAAGAUGAGUCAGACCUUCCAGACGCUACAUAACCUUGUCAAUAAGGGGGUGAAGGUUGACCUCGGUAUCCCAAUGGAGUUAUGGGAUGAACCAUCAGCCGAAGUGACUCAUCUUAAGACUCAGUGUGAACAGUUUAUUGAAGAUCACGAGGAUGCUAUAAGUAGUUGGUAUUUUGGCGAUCAGACUAAAUCUCUCCAGUCAACUGUUUGUAAAAAGACCCUUAAAGAAAAGAAGUGUCUUUCUGAACCUUAUGGUGAAGACAUCACUGCUGAAGAACAAGCCAAGGAGAAAGCGGAAGAUAAAAAGAAGCAGAAAGGGGACAGAAGCAAGACGAGGAAGAACGAGCUGUAGUUCUUUCUGUCAAUUCUUUUUUUAGGUCACAAUUAAUAUAUUUUAGAAUUCAGAAGACAUUUUUUAAGAGUCAUCCUUGAGUGAUCUUCAUUUUGAUAUUUAUGUGUCAUUUUCAAGUAUUUCAUAAGAUGAUCAUGUUAAGGGCAUCUACAGUCAUGUUGGAAUAGAUUCUAUAUUGUCAUGAAAAGAAAAUAAUAAGAAUAGCUCUGCAAGUACAGAAUUAUUAUUAUAUACCUUUAAUUAAUAUCGUUUUAAAGAAAAUAUUUUGUGAUUUUAUCAAGCAUUCAUAUUUUUAAUGCAUUAAAACCUAGAUUUUUAUUAUGAUGUGGUCACACGAAUCCCCCUCUCAUGUCAUUAUUUACUCUAAUCAUGAGAUCACCCAAAAUCCUCCCGGAAUAGUAACCCUUCCUAAGCCGGUGUUCUGGCUUAAAAUAAGAGGUUACCCCUGUCUGCCCCAGCAUCUAUCAUGCUGAGUGGAUCAGGCAAAGUGAAAUUCCAGCUUAUCGCCACAUCACUGUGGAAUCGUCCUCAGAGGCAAGCAGUCAAUACAGAUUUUAGGAUUGACCAUUAUUUUCUCCAUUUCAGCACAGUAGAUGUCAUCAUAAAUUGGAAUCUUGAGAAAUUACCAAAGUACAAAAAAUGAUUUAAGACAGGGAAGAUAUCCUAAUCUGUAAUGGAGAAUUUUUCUAUAUUAGGGAAAUCUUGAAUUAAGCACAUUCCUCAUUCAGAGUCUAAUGUGUACUGUGAUAAGUCUUAGAUAUUAUUAAAUGUCUGAGUUACAUAUCCCAGGUCUGCAUUACCCCACCCCCACCCCCACCCUCCUUGUUCUUUAUGGUUAAUAAUGGAAAGUUCAUAAAAUAACUGCUCACUUUAUUAUUAUAGUGGUUUAAAAGCUUUUAUAUGUUCAAUUUCCAUAUGAUGUGUAUAUUCUGUAUCAAUAAGUUUUAGAUCUAAACAGCAUAUGAUGUUUUCUUUUCAUUCUUGAAGAUGUGCUGUGUAUAGUGAAUUUAAUUCAUUAGGGAUUUUGAAAAGAAUGCAUUUUUUAUUUUCAUUUUAUUUUAAUGACUUUUAAUCUUGUAAUUUUAAAUACAAAGUAUGAAUCUACCAAUUAAAGAAUCAUUUCUCAUAUGUUUAUCUAUCAUUGUUUUCUGUCCCUAUCAAGUGAGGUAAGGGUUGGCUAGUGUGUAUAUUAAUUUUUCAUGGCAUUUCUCUGUAUAAUGUUUAUUUUGACUGAUGGAUGGUAUUAAUGUUCACUGAAAGUAGAAUGCACAAUUUUUAGGUUUUCAAAAUGCAUUGAACACGGAAAUGUAUGUUUUUUUUUUUUUUUUUUAUGAAAGAGUUAUGGUAUGUAAUGAAUAUAAUAAUCAUUACAGACUAUACAUACAAUUGUUAAAUUUCCAUCCCCACACAUCUUCCACAUCAUAGUUGAAAUGUUCAAUCUUUUAAGUUACAUCCAUAUAAACUUUGAGACUCAUUUAUUAAUAAUUUACAUAUCGUAAACUAAUAUUGAAAAAAUAUUUUCUGGGCAUGGUGUUCAACAUAUCUUCAUUUCAGAAAAAAAAAAAACUUGGGAGUUUUAGGGUCACAGAGCCAACAGGUGAUAAUGCAUUUAAAUCAUGUUUAUUAACUUUUAUUAUGUUUUAAUCACUGAUUUUGGCAAUCGCAGGAUAAGUAAUAACUAUACUGUAUCAUACAGUAUCAGAUCAUUGAUUGAAUAGUGUCAUUAGUAGGCUGCUUUUAGUAAGAGGUAUUGGCAUAGUUGAUUUCAUGUAGUCAGUCAGUUACUAGUGUUAUAAUUUUCACUAAUUAGUCAGCCAGUUGUUAAUGGUGUCAUCUUUUUGAAGGUAUCAAAUAUUUUCCCUGGAUGACUGUUUUGUUGCAAUAUAAUGCAAGAUCUGUGAUUUAUGCUGGUAUUAAUGGGUAUUAGGUCGUCCUAAUAUUUCACUACCUUGGUUCUGUGCUAUUGUACUGAUAUUUUUUGUAUUAACAGAUCUCUGACAUACAGUACUCUGCAGAGAAGUAUCAUAUACUCUAGUCAUCAUAUCCAAGCAUGACUUGACAAUGCUCAUGUAUAAUAAUCAUUCAAAAAAAGAAUGUAAAGCAUCUUUCAACAUUUGGAAUGUUCACAUGAAUCUUUUUUAGAUGAGUAUUUUUUACAGAAUGUUUUACCACUGAUGAAUAUUCUUCAUAAAAUUUGUUAAGCCAAAUAAAGUAUUUUGUAAGUA